CUACACUGAACUGUCCCACCAAACACAUUGACAGGGGGCGGGCGCCACCAUCGUUCAACUAUAUUAUAGUUUCCAACAUGGUAAGAAUCGGAACCAGCGAUCCGGUAUUGACGGUGGCGCCCCCUGUCAAUGACUUUAGAUAUGAAACGGGGGCGUGGCGCGUCAGCGCGUGACUCCGCGAUACGACCAGAAACGAACAUCGCUCGCGAAGCCAGGUUAGUCGCGAUUCAGUCGUACUGAGGGAAUGUUCUCUGAUAUUUUUUCAUAAUGCCGAACUGUUGUGUCGUUACGUGCAAUAACAGAAGUGAAACGAAGAACUACAAGAACGAUGGAGUCACUUACCACGUAUUUCCAAAAAAAUCGACUUUUAAAGAAAAAUGGAUGGACGCCACGGGCAGAGGUCCUAACUGGAUUCCUGUCCAAAGAAGCGUGAUAUGUUCGGAUCAUUUUCAGGAAAAAUGUUUUCAACCUCUUAAUAAAAGCCGUAGACUUUUCGACUGGGCAAUACCUACUUUGAAGAUUUGUCAUAUUGUUUCAUCGGAUUGUUCAAAGCCUAUGUCUACAGGCUCAAAGGCAAAUCAGACUCCCGAAUCAAACACUGAUAAUAAUUUAGCGAGGAAAAAUAACACAGAUUGUUCAAAGUCUAUGUCUACAGGCUCAAAGGCAAAUCAGACUCCCGAAUCAAACACUGAUAAUAAUUUAGCGAGGAAUAAUAUCACACCGGACUUCACUUUCGUGACUUGCGAUGAUCAGCAACCGGACGAUACUAGCGAUAUUUUUGAGACAGCCCUAAGAUUUGAAAUGCGACUGAAAAUUGAAAAAUAUGAAAGCGUGAUAAAUAAACAGAGGACUAAAAUUAGGACGCUUCAGAAGAAAAACCGCCGCUACCAGAAACGAAUAUCAGAACUUGAAGAUAAAAUGAAGAAACUCAAUGAAAAAAAAGCAAAGAAAUCCCUUCUAUGAUCCGAGGUGUCACCAAAGAAUUUGACUGUCAAAUAUGCGGUGAACUUUCCAACCAACAAUAAUUAGUGCUUCAAAUUAUUCCAAACAACACCUAAUUGUUACUAGACACGUGCAAUUAUGCUAAAUAAUUACAUACAUAAACAAAC